UAUUUAUUACUUUCGCCUACCAUGCUGCACGUCAUUUCAAGAAUUCCAGCAGUCUAGUGCAAUAUUUGGUUGCGAUCUGUUGGUGUUGUGGCGCGCAAUAUAAAAAGUAACGGUCACUCUGUGGCGGAAAUGUCUAAUCAGCUGUUCUUUCUGAGUUUAGCAGAUAUAUUUUCUGUUUAUCCGAGUAUUUUUAAAGAAUUGAUAACAGUUCGGGAGAAACAAACGCUUAUUUACUUACCAAGUGAUGCUGAUUGGCAAGAACGAAUGUAUUAUCGUCUCUUGGAGGUGCAAAAACGUGUGAACGAAGCUAUUGAUAGUGGCGUUGAAGUGGACUACGUUGUGGUACGCAAGGAUAUACAUUCCUUCAAUCAUUUGCCGUAUGUACUCAAUUUAUCUCCAACUAUUUCGCCGACCAUAUCUCCAAAUGGAAUCUUUCAAGAGGCUAAAAAGAAAUGUCCACAAAUUCAUGGAAAAUCAUUGAAGGAUAAGAGUAAAUUUUGGAAUUUAACAACCAUUGCACUUGCAGCAAAAUUACUGGCAAAACCACCCAGACUAGUAGAGUUUGAAAAUGAACAUGAAAUGCGGAAAGUCUAUUCGUUGAUAUACGAUGUCUUCAGAUACAAAGUCGUCCUCUCAAAUGCAUUGAACGACAUUGGAUUUUACAAACAAUUCCCAGAGCAUGUGGAAGAUGAAAAUCGCGUUUGGUUAAUGUUUUACGAACUGCUUGGUCGAAAUUUUAAGCAAUGUUUCUCUGAAGAAAUCGAUCUGCAGUAUAAAUUAUUUCGCGAAUCAGAAGUCGAAGAAAUCGCCGAACAUCUUUGGGAAUUUCGAAAAUCUUUGGCUGCAUCCAUAUCCCGAAUGCGAAUAAAAUUCAAUGCACUCAAUCUUUCAAAGCUAUUGCCCAUUCAUCUACAGAACGAAAAGGUAGCUACUGCAGCUUCGAACACCAUGGUAACUGGAUGGAUAAAUCCUUUCUUAUUGCGUGAUAAAACCUCAGCCGACAAAUUUCUACUGGAGUGUGGUUAUAUAUUGCAAGAAGAUGAAAAUAUACAUGGUUUAGAAACCGAUCAUUAUCGUUGGGACAAUGUUUGUCCACUUUUUAUAUCUUGCGUGCCACAAAAUAAGGGCGAAUUUACCAAAUCGAAAUUAGUAACGAAGCAUUAUUUUAUCAUUCAGGACAAAGCGUUCUCCUAUGGUCCAGCGGUUAUGUCAAGAAUGUUAGAAUACUUUCAGUUGAGUGGUGAUAUCCUACAAACGCAUAUAUCCUCACCUCGCGCCACAGCAUAUCUAGCAUCACUAUUUUAUUCCGUAAAUCGAGUAAACAACUUUUAUGCCUACGGCGCAGGUCCGAAUCUGAAGGAGUAUCGCCGCUUUAUGGAAGUUCUAGGCAUAAAUAAUAUACGCAUUUUUGACGAAGUGUUUACUUCGUUUCCGUUGGAAUCAAAACGCUUCGGCUACGUCGUCGGUAUUUUCGCCAAUCCACCGAAUUCUUUUAGUGCAAUUUCCGACCCGAUAGAUUUGAUUUGCUCACGAGGCGGUGACUUGAGUAUGCUAGAAGUACUCACCGAAUCUGAGAUAAGUGAUGAAGGCAAACGUAGAGUGUCGCUGAUACUCGAAGAGCAGCUACUCACACUACAAAUGGCCAUGGCUAGACCACAGAUACAAUUUAUAUUGUACCAAACACAUUCAAUUGUAUCAUCGGAAAAUCAAGAUAUGGUAAAUUAUGCCGUCAAGCUUGUAAACGAAACAUCGCUAACGAAGCAUAAAAAUGCAUUCAGGGAGAAGAAACGACUGGAAGCAUUAGCCGAGGCAGAGGCUGCUAAUAUACCAUCUGCCGCAAUGGGGUCGCCCAGAAAACGCCCAACGGCGGAUGAAAAGGGUAAAGCAGCAGCGCAGACUGGUGGCACAACAGAGGCUGGCGGUGCAUCGAAGUCCGAGAUAUCUGCAGAGCAAAAUGUUGAAGCGGAUAACAGUGAGGACAGCGUAGUGCUACCAGAUGCUGAUGAAUUUGUAUGUGAAAAUAUACCAGACAUAUGUAUUAACCAAGACAAUUGCAUGAUAAAGCAGUCCAAUGGUUGUUAUCUCUCUUUGAUUAAAAGAACGAAAAUCACACAAUUAAAUGCAAAAUAUCUCAUAAAGAUGGCAGAAGCACGAGGACUCUUCGCUACAGCGGAGAAAGGACCAACGCCUAGGGUGAAAGGAAUUAAAGCGCAAGACACAAAUGUGGAACAAACUUUCCCAGAUGAAUAUUUGGACAACCACAGAGAGGUGAAGCACAUCAAUGUUGAUCACUUGAUCUCACGUUUGAUGAAGGAUACAAAUUCCAGUUUAAAUCGCGUUGGCUUAUCGAAGUCUUCCAAUCAAAACCAUCCACUAAAAUUUAAUUUUAAGAGAAGAGAGUGUGCACGCUACAAGGCUUCAUUACUGAAGGUCUAUCAACUCUCAAGAAAGCAAACGAGUUCUUCUCGACGUUGCUCACUCGAAAGCUUGGCAGAAACUUGUUCAACAGCCAUUUGUUGCUUACAACGCAGAGGGUUAAGAAAAUUACCGUACCCAUUGCAUAUACACAAUUUAAUAAUAUAAUCGAAUGAAAUACUUAGUUGUUAUAAAAUAAUUAUUUUAUUUAUUUAUACAU